AUUUUUAUAAUUUUUCGUUAGCAGAUGGACGUGCCAAUAAUUUCAGCAAAGUUGACAUAUCGCGACGGACAAACAAUUGAUUUUCUUCAUCCCAAGAAUGGACGGGAUUUAGAAUUGAGCACUGAUUUAAAACUAUUACAAGACGAUGUUAAUAAUGUAUUAACUGACCUGGUGUUGCUUGAAAAAAAAGAAAAUAAUAAACCAGCUGUUCAGGAAAACUCUUCUUGCGACGAAGAAAGUGAUUCUAAUGAUAAUAACAAUACAGAGCCGAAAGAGAAAAAAUUGAAAAAUCAAUAAGUUUUGAUGGAUGACACCAUUAUAAAACCAUAUAUUUCGAAACGAAAAAGAAAAAGUGCUCAAAAACGUGAAACGGAUGUUGUAAAAGGGGUUAGGGAACAGCCGAAUUCUGAAGAUAUUAAAAAGAUAUUUUUAACCGAUGAUGUUGUAUAUCAAAAUACCUUGAGGAAUCCUCAUGGAAACAGAUGUUCUAAGUUUCUCAGUCAAUGUAAAGUUAUUACUGAUGGCCCACUAUGGAAAAUCAAGUGGUGUAAAAAAUUCAGUCAUCUGCUUUCAACAACCUCACAUAAUUCUAUCAGAUUGUAUGAUGUUAUGAAAGGUAGUGAGAUGCGUUGUGUGUUCGAUUCAUCGUUAAGUGGUGAUGCUCGUUCCUACAAAGAUCUUGAUUGGUCCAGGUCAUCACGACAGAUUGUGGCUUGCUCAUUUGAUAAAACGAUAGAAACUUGGGAUUUUUUGUGCUCAGGAAACCAAUCUCUUUGUAUAUCAUUACCAGAGAUUCCUUCUGUAGUAAGAUGGUCAAAUGAAGAUGAUAACCUGUUACUCGUUGGUGGUGCAAAUUCUUUUCUUGCGUCUUAUGAUAUUCGCAGUGGUAGAAAGGCUAUAUCGUAUAAAUCUCAGUUUGGUAAUCUUUUAAGUAUUGAUUCAUUUUCCGACACUGGAACAUUUGUUGCCACGGGUGACGUCGUGAGCAGGCAAUCAGCUCAAUAUUCAAUCAUUGUUUGGGACUUUGCCACUGGAGCUAAAUUAUCUGACCAAAUAUUUCAGGAGCGUUAUUCUUGUCCGGCUGUGAGUGUCCAUCCCAGUGAGACAUCGUUUCUAGCUCAGACGAAUGGAAAUUAUAUAGCACGGUUUAAUGCAACAAGUCCAUAUCGACUGGAUAAAUAUUUACGGUACGAUCAACAUACAGUAGAAGGUUACCCUGUUGGUUUUGAUAUAUCACCUGAUGGUACUAUAGUGGUGUCAGGCAGUUCAGAUGGAUCUGUUGUGUUUUAUAAAUAUACAUCUGGUGCUGUAUUGAAAAGAAUAAUGCUCCAAGAUAAUAUUAGUUUUCGAAAUCUCGGUACCAGUUCUUCUGGGACUAGUGUGCAAAAAUCACCUAUUGUUUCGGUACAGUUUCACCCUGUUUUACAAAGCAUGGUAGCCGUAAGUGAUUGGACCGGAAAAUUGCACUUGUUGAAAUAGCAAUCGAAAACAGUUUUUAUGACAUUGUGUCAAAUUUGCAGAGAUGACUAAAACUUUAGUAUACUUUGUUGCAUUCUGAAUGCUAGAUGGAAUUUUAAAUUUGCAUGAAAGAAGUCAUUUGCAUGAAAGAAGAUUUUUUUUUCAAAUAUGAUGGGCCUAUACAGGAAUAUUUAAAAAUUGAAGGAAAUCGUUGUUUUAUUCUGUCCCAGUUAUGCUUCAUUUCCAAAUUGAGCAUGUCUUUGUGACGUCUGUUUGUUUUCAUGUAAUUAUCCAAAUAAUUAUGUCCUAUACUGUCAAGUAGAUAUGACUAGAAAAUUUUGUUUUUUUUUGCGUAUCCUGAUUUGCACACUAGUGUCUUUGUCAUAAUACCGUAGUUGUUCAUUGUUAUACCCAGUAAAAUGAUACUCAAUUGAACUCAAUUUUGAGAGUGGUGUUCUUAUGAUCUCUUUCUUUAUAUUGUUUGCCUAUCAUAAUUCAAUACUAUUGCCAUUCUUUUUAGAAA